AAAAAAGUCUCUCUUUCUCCCUCUUCCUUUUCUCUUUUGCGACAAGCUUUUAGAUAUCCCCUCUCCAUCGUCCAUCGACAUUGUCAUCCAACCUCCUCUCUUCCUUCUCUCAGCUCCUGAGGCUAGUGGUGCUUGUUAAGCUUCUCUUGGACAAAGGGAAGCAUUGGGCAAUGGAAGACCAGACUGGUCGAACAGGAGCCAACCGUGGCGUAGGAAACGCUGAGAGCCGUUUAAAAUAUGCUGUUGAUGCAGGAUUCUUAUCAGGCGCUCACCCGAACGCCCCUGACCUUGAUGACGAAGAAUCCAACCAACCUGCAAGCUCUGACUCGGAGAGCUGCGACUCAGUUGGUGAGUCUGAGCCGCCGCACGGGUUGGCCAAUUUGGCGGCGAGCUUCCGAGUCUUCUCCGAGUCGUUGUUGAGGAUGGAGCGAGCGCAGCUAGAGAUGGCCAAGGCGAGGGAGGCUUCGCGAUUGGAAGCAGAGAAGCGGCGUGUUGAGUUGGAGGCCGAGUUAACUCGGAUGCUGCUGCAGACUCAGCUGCAGAUUGCCUCGUUUGUCUCACGCCAGAGUCCAAGUCGGAAGCGGAAGCGCGCCGAAGAAAAUGAGUCACCAACGAUAUCUGAAAGGGAAGGAGCUUUGCUGUUUGGUUUAAUCCAGUGCAAUUUGCUGUUUUGAAGUUACUUGUGGCUCUAAAUGCUGGGAAAUUUUAUGUAAUGGUUUCCUUCUUCCUUUAGAAAAUAAUAAUAAAAGUAGAUCGCGUAUUGGUGAUA